AACAUUAAUUUUAUUGACUAAUUUAAUUUACAUGCUUAAUAAUAAAAAAGAAAAAUCAUUAAAUGUAAAGGUUGAGGACCAAAAAAUAGAAGAAGAUUGUUGCAAUGAAAAUAUAGAUUUAUGCCAACAAAAUAUUAAUAAUAAAAAUAAUGGCCAACAACAACAAAAACCUUUAAAGUUUCUAGCAAGUUUUUUGUUCAUUUUUUCAAUUGCCACGUCAUGGGCUUUGGCAACACAAUUUCGAAAAUCUGUUAUGGUUAUAGACAAAAAACAUGUUUUUGCUCCUUUCUUUAUGGUUUGGUUUGGGACUUGUUUUAUGUUUUUCUGUUAUCCUUUAUUUAUUUUUUAUUUUAUUUGUUUAAAAAGAAACAAAAAAUUAUUAAAAGAAGAACAUUUAAAAGCUUUACAAAUUUUAAAAUUUCAACAAAAAUUUAAAAAAAGAAUUGGACAUUUAAUUAUUUUAUUAAUUUUGUGGACUUGCUCGAAUUAUUUAUAUGCUAGAGCUUUAAUUAAAAUAUCUGCAAGUACGGCUACUUCAAUAAUGAGUACAAAUAGUGCUAUAGUUUAUUUAUUAGAGUGGAUAUUGUUGGGAGAGAAUUUUAGUUGUAUUAAGACAAUAGCAACAGCAUUAGCAAUCAGUGGAGUUGUUAUUAUUUCUUUUGAUUCUGAAUUUUUUGGAAAUAAUUUAUCUGGAAUUAUUUUGGUUAUUUUAAGUGCUCUUUUUGCUUCUUUUUAUAAGGCAGUUUUUUUCAAAAAAUUUUUCAAAAAUUCUUCACUAAGUCAAAUAUCUUUAUUUAUGUCUUUAUUGGGGUUAACUAAUUUAUUUUUGAAUGGAAUUGUUUCUUUUAUUUUUUUAUUUUGUGGAAUAGAUUAUUUAAAUUGGGAAUAUAUACCUUGGAUAGAAUUAAUUGGAAGUGCCUUUUUAAUUCUUUGUUGGUUUUUUUUAAUUAAAUUUAAAGUAGAGAUUACCGUUAGGGUUGGGGGCCCGGUCCGAAAGAGCGAGUCGGGCAUCGAAUUUUGGCACGAAAAAGACACGGUCGGCCCGACCCGAUAA